AUGCUUUUCCUGUUCUCCCAUUUCAGUAGGUCGGCCUACCUCUUCACGCGGAAUAGCGCCGACCUCGUUGACUUCAGAUCAUCCGGGGUCAAUUCUAGAGAUAUUAGGAAUGGAUUUAAAGAAUUCAGGCUGACUCCCCCGCCCAGGAGUGCUCCAACAAGUGUUCUAUCCAGCCCUGUGCUUAGCCCCCGAGGAUUGAGGCCACUGGCUCCCCGUGGACCUGCGAUAUGGUCAGCGCAAGACUUUCCUUACACAGAUAUGGGAGCAGGAUUCUCUUCUCGAACCUCGCCAGAGGGAAUUUUCGCUAGCCCAGAGCAUUCACCAUUGCACAGCCCAACGACGAGAAGUCCCGGAGUAAGGUCAAGGAAUCCAAGCUCGCCUCAAUCUCCAUUGCACCCAAUGUAUGCAGACAGCUCCGCCUCCUGGCAUGACGGCAAUGCUAGUGCUAACGGCCAUCCACUGCCUCUUCCUCCCGGCGGUGUGGUGCCUGCGCAGUCCUCUUUCACUCACCAACCUGCUCCGAAGAAUGAGCCACCAUCUGUUACAAACCAGUGGCUGAAAGGUAAACUCAUUGGUAGCGGUACCUUCGGAAAUGUUUACCAUGGCACCCACAGGUAUGUCUGACAGGAGAUAAAAUCUUCAUUACAGUCUUCCUUAAUCUCCUUUGGUAUGUUCUUGAAGUGAUUGGGUCUUCAUUAACAGGCACACUGGGGCGUCGUGUGCAAUGAAAGAGGUUAAUCUAGUCCCCGAUGACCCCAAAUCCGCUGAAUCUAUCAAACAGCUAGAGCAGGUUUGGUCCUUCAGAUCCCAUAUGGUUAAUAUCUAUUAAUUUUCUGUAUUACUCUCUGUUAUUAUUUUUUGGUAUUAUUCAGUAUUUCGUUCCAGUCGUGUGAUAUUAUUGCAUAAUAAUGAUUUAGCCAAAAAAAAUGGCCUUCUCUUGGGUGUUAAAUUAUAUUAAUUUUUAUAUGUUUCGAGAAUGUAAAACAGGGUUUUCAUGCGGCUUAUCAUAUUCCUGGAGAAGAACACCUUGUAACAAAUAGGCUGAGGUGGCAUGUUCAUCUGAUCUUUGAUCUUCUAUGCUGGGAAUCCCUUCGAUUGUCAGAAAAGCAGUACAUGUGAUGCUCUUUUCUGAUAGAGUACUUGAAAAAAAUCAUCCUCUGACUUUUUCGAGAGAAAAGAAAGAUAAAGAUUCAGUUCAGUCGCAUCUUGUUUCUUUCAAUGCAUUCAUUCCAUCCGCUGAAGAACUAGUGAGUGGUUCAUUAUUUGGGUCUUCAGAUAACACGGUUGUUUGACUUGAGAAGCAGGUCUGGUUGACGAGGCGAUAUUCUCUUCUUACUUUCUCAUCUGGUUGACUUCGGACCCAUGUUUGCUAUAUGUACAAUUCUUCAUUUUCUUAUCUUUUCACUGCAUUGCGAUCCUUCUUCCUAUUUCUUCAUAUAAAAUAAAUAAAUAUAUAUUUUUUAAAAAAAUAUACAAAGGGUGAGGUACAGAGAAUCAUGUGAUUCAUUUCAUAAUUGUCUACAAGAGAUAUUCUUUACGAGAAAUAGAUAUCAUUGAUUCUCUGAUUUGAUGCCCUUUUCUUGUUCCUUGUGUUCUUCUCAUGCAUUAAUUUAUUAUUUAUUCUCUGUAAACAGGAAAUAAAGGUUCUCAGCCAACUGAAGCAUCAGAACAUUGUGCAGUAUUAUGGAAGUGAAAUAGUAAAUAUUCUUCCCAGAUAACUUCUUCUGAUGACUCGCUGAAUGAGGAAUUGAUGUCAAUAAAUUCACCUGAAAAAUGCAGAUCGGCGAUCGAUUUUACAUAUACUUGGAAUAUGUUUAUCCCGGAUCAAUAAAUAAAUAUGUGCGGGAGCAUUGCGGAGCUAUAACAGAAUCGGUGGUUCGCAACUUCACCCGCCAUAUUCUCAAUGGAUUGGGAUACCUGCAUAGCAAAAAGACAAUGCACAGGUUUCAUUUACUCCUCGUUCCCUUUUUUGCAUCAAUUUUUUAUCAAAUUAUUUUCUUUCGAAUUAAAAUAAUUUGAGACUAUAUGGUCUUGUCAGUCAUCUCUCAGCUUGGCACAUUACCCUUAACAGUUUCUGCUCCCUUUACCCCCCCCAAGAACAACGCUGACUCCCUAGAUUGUAAUCCUCCACUUCUCGUGUCAUCUAUUUUCCCACGAAUAAAAAAUACCCAUUCUCUCAGUUUGAUCAGGGAAAUUUCCAUCAGCCAGUUUCGCAUCUGCCGAAUUUUCUUUCUAAGAUGGCAGGAAUCAAGAUGCUAUACUUUCUUGCGAUGUCUCAGUCAUUGUUCACAGAAUGCCGUAUAAUGGAUGAUUUAAUUAUUUUAUCAAUAAUUAAUUUCAUCUAUUUUAUCCAUAAUUAUUGUCCACUUCUCGUGUCAUCUAUUUUCCCCCACAAAUAAAAAAAUAUCCACUCUCUCAGUUUGAUCAAGAACAUUUCUAUCAGAGUCAGUUUGGCAUCUGCCGAGUUUUCUAUCUAAGGUGGCAGGAAUCAAGAUGCGAUGUCUCAGUCAUUGUUCAGAUACUGCAUUCUGUGAAAAUCAUCAUCUACAGCACUUGUUGUUGUUGUUGUUGUUCUUCUUCUUCUUCGUCUAGAGUGCUAGAAAGAAACAUGAUAGGGAGGGCUUUCUCAAGGCAUAAUCACUUUUAUAAUAUUUGUAUAAUAUUUUGAAAAUCGUGGUGCCAAACUUUCAGACCUACCCAAUUAAUUUCAUGGUUUAUGAUGCUGGAAUUUGCGCAUAAACAGCACGCCAUAUAUCUAUAUAUAAUCCUAAAUAAUGGGAUAUUCCAAUGGAUUAUGUUCUAGCCGCUCAAGAUCUUCCUCCCCCUCUCUGGCAGGGACAUCAAAGGAGCAAAUCUACUUGUCGAUUCAUUCGGCGUUGUAAAGCUUGCCGACUUUGGAAUGGCGAAACAUGUGAGUAGGGUAGGGUGGUCUUCUGGAACGCCUGGUGGGGGGCUUUUCCUACACAGAUUUCCAUAUUUUAGGUAGAACCUAAUCGCUGCCGAUGGCUCUUUGGACAGCUGAGUGGGGAGAAGGCGGUGCUUUCUCUGAAGGGAACUCCGUAUUGGAUGGCUCCGGAGGUAUUUUUCUGGCACCCACCAUUGAUAGAUACAACACACCCAUGGCAGGAUGGCAGGAUCUUGAAGAAGCUCUCUCUGCGCGCAGGUGGUCCAGGCCAUGCUAAUCAAGGAUAAAGGGUAUGAUCUCUCUGUGGACAUAUGGAGUCUGGGCUGCACGAUCAUUGAGAUGUUCACAGGAAAACACCCCUGGGAUGGCUACGAAGGGGUAAGCGAUUUCUUCUUGACCCCCCAUCACUCCAUUUCUUCUCGAGCUUUACCCUAAGAAAUGUGUGCAUCUAUAAAUGGUACAUGAAGCUUGAUGAGGGCCGAUCUUAUGUUCAUUGUUUGGGUACUAUAAAUGGUAGAUAAGAUUGUCAGGAUAGCCUAUUUAUGCCCACAUAUGAAGCUGAUCGAUCAUAUGAAGGCUUUGUGCCAUCAUGGGAGACUAAAUCGUGUGGGAUCAUGCUUAAUGGUUCAUUCAUAUGAAAGUUCUUGGUGAAGUGAAGGGAGGAAGAGGCUUUCUUACCUGGGUGUUCUUCUCUCUCCUGACGAGACUUCUCCUCCGCUGCUGCUGCUGCAGGCCGCGGCGAUGUUCAAGGUCUUGCGGGACUCCCCUCGCAUACCCGACGCGUUGUCGCCCGAAGGAAAGGACUUCCUCCAGUGCUGCUUCCAGAGGAACCCAGCUGAGCGGCCCACCGCAGCCCAGCUUCUGGAGCAUUCUUUUGUGAAGAACCUGCACCACCAUGAUGUCCAGGGGGCCAUCCAUUCAUUCUCCGCUCUUAAGCUGGCGGUAUCCCCCUCCUGCCUCCACCUUCAUUCUCAUCGUCUUCAUCAUCAUAUUUUUAUUUAUUUAUUAAUUUAUUUAUGCCGGCAGGAAACUACUCACAACCCGAGAGAUAAAGCUGCGGCGAAGACGGACUCACCUGGAAAGUCAAAGACUUUGAAUGGGUAUGCUGUCAACUUGUCUUGCCAGGAAGUUCUGAUUGAUCCCCGAGCACGCUGCUCUCUUGGCUAA